CCCUUGCGAAAUCCGAGCUUAAGUCACUCUCGGCUUGAUGCUCAAGAGCACCAGUACAAUUUCGCUGGAGUGCUGGAUCCCGUAUGCUUGGUAGCUCUUGUUUCACCCUGGGCAGAGAAUUCAGCUGUUGAUCACCAGACAAUGCACCAGGUUGAAUAAAUGCAAGCUCUUUCGUGGGCAACUGAGACACCCGCUGCACCUCGGCCUCGAGUGACCUUAAAGUAUUUGGAGGUUUGUCCUCCACGCAUGUAUCGAUGUCCAUGUUGGUCUUCUCUUCCGACAUUCUAUUUUCAGCAAAGUCCCACUUUGAUCUUUGAAGGUCAAGAUCAAAUCCAAAAGGUUGAGAAGAUCUAGCUGGUGGAAUAGUUGUUGUAUUAAGUGCAUCAACUCGACUUCCAGCCUCCACCUUGGACAACGAGAGGUCUACCUGCCCAAGGUGAUCCACUCUCCCUCCGAAAUAGGUCAUCAUUUCGUCCCGAAGCUUUACUCCACUGGCGACCGCACGUCCAUCCUCAGAGUCUACUACGGCUUGCUCGGCCGACAUUCCUUCGUGAGGCCCUUUCGUUUGUUCAGGAGACUUUACCAAAAAUUGUUGCUCUUUCAAGUCUUGGCUUUGUUUACUUAAGUAACAAACUUCUCUUUUCAGGUUAUCCACAUCAUGGAUGAGAGUUCUCUGGAUGUCGCGGAUCCUCUCCAUCAAAGUAUUCUCCAGCUUUAUGAUUCGACCCAAAGCUUCAGCGAGCUCAAGACUAGGACUUCCUUGCACGAGCUGGGAGCCCUGCGGAUCCUCUCCAUCCGCCUUGAUCUUGUCCGCUGCUUCUUCUUCUCUCGAAUAGCUGUCCGGAGAGCUUACCGAGUGGUGGGGAUUCGCGGUUCCGGAAGCAUGUCCAUCGACUUCGGAAAAAAUUGCUCCACAUGCAAACUCCUCGUGGAUUCUUGGGAGGCUAACUAGUAAGUAAACGCAACGAGCAUUUAAAAGUAAUAAACGACUCGAUACACCAAAUGGAGCCCCAAAGAGUGAUCUCGACUCUCCAGACUUCAACUCUUCAUACCUCGCGAGGCAGGCUCUCUUUGCGCGUCGUCUUCUCAUGAACUAGGGCUCGGAUCCAGAAGGCCAGCUGCACCAUCCUGACAGUUCGAGAGUCGAGUUGGUAGAGAUAACAAUCGACCACUUCCUGACGCUCCGCCUUCAGAGAUCCAAUUCCAUUCGUCACAAUCUGAGCAUGCUCGAGCACAUGUUUUCAUGGUCGGUCUAGUGAACUCAAUACCAUCGCGUCAUAAAAGCUGAAGCUGGGGACAUGCUAACGGCUUUGCUUUACGCUCCUGAAACAUCACUUUCCGACCAUUGGUAUUUUUGUAGCUCAAAGGAGUAUCUUCUGUCUGAAGGCCCAUAGACGUUUGUCACGUAUAUUUCU